GGUGCACUGCGUUGCCUCUGACGGUGCAGCAGUUCGGUUGCGGGUUGUUGUUUCGGUGUGUGGUUGGAAGUGGUGGAAGCAAUGCUCGUCCCGUUCCUAUCGUCCAUCCCUUCGGUGUCUACAGUGGUCUGCUAGGGUCAAUAUUCGAUCCCUUCGUUGCCCCCCGACGGCUGCUCUGGACUAACGCGCGCAUUGUUCCGGAACCGUCCGAAUUCGAGAGGACUAUUUAUUGAUACCCGCUCGAAGUCCGUCUUGGGUUGGUGGUGAAAUUUGCCUUAUCGUGCAACAGGUGUUUGCUCUGCCAGUACAUCGCCACGAAACAUCCUCGUUUAGCGCAGCUUCAUCGUGCAGCGCAGCGUGCCAAACAUCGCCUGGCGAAUCGAAUGCUCCGAUAGCGAACCAUCCCGAUUAGGGGAAAUUUGAUUGGUAAAUUAAACGGAUACACGCGGCGGCACCUGUGCUAAAUCAAUUAUACGCAAUGGGCAACACGCACAGCAAUAAUGCAAAAGGCUCCAGCGGUACGAACAGCCCAUCCAAAUCGAAACCCGAAGGUUCGGUUGAUCCGAAACAAACGCAGCAGCCGGGACUGCAGGCCCGUGGCAUGACGCGAACUGCUAGCGGGGCCGACAUUCAGGAUCGAUCGCAGACGCAAUUCCAGCCGGUAGAGAAGCUCGGCCGAAUAUUGGUGAAAAAGUGUGACGAACAGUACGGGAUACAGGGCAUCACGGGGGACAUUUUUGCGCGCUAUGUAUUCCCGAAGUAUCCUGACCUCGGUCUGAAAUUGUUCCGGUAUCUGCGCUUUUUAAGCCAUGCCAAGACCGAACACCUAGGACUGGUGGCGUUCCGGCAGCAGUGCGAAAAGUUUCUUGCCCUGCUCGACGAUUCGAUUAUUCUGGAGAGCUACGUUCGUAUGUUUGGUGAGCUCAGCGAAGAGCAGCUGAUUAAGCCGGAAAAUCUGAAGAAUUUGUUGCGCACGUGCUACAAUCUGGCGAUGGCACACUACUCGGACGGACCGCAAACUUGUCUGCUGCUAAACCGGACCCUCGAAUCCGUCGUGCAGUCGUGCUUCUUCUCGAAAGAAUCGCUCAGUCCGGGCUACAUCUGUCGCUGGCUCGAAAACAACGUACCCCGGCUCGUGCCACCGAUCCACAAGUACUGCGUGCAUGCGCUCAGUACAUCGCACCGGACAAUCAUCGACAGCAGCAUGGCCAGCAACAGCGAAACGGUCAUCUCGGUUAGUGCCAUCAACGCGGGCGAGGCCAGCUAUGGGCUGGAGCUGCAGACACCGAUCCUCGAGAAGACGAAUCCAUUCAGUAAAGAUGUCCACGUUGGCAGCAGUGGUGGCGGACGACUUCCGGGCGGUGGAGCGGCCGGUGCCGGAGUCAGUGAACCCGGAAAACCACUUACGGACGAAGAACGGGAACGAAUAAAGAACCAGCAGCCGCUGCUACCCCUUUCGGAGGCCUGGUUGCUGGCGGGAUCGCUACCACCACUGUACAGCAAACCGCAAUCUAUACCGGCACCGAUAAACCCGCAGUCCGCAAACCUCACAUCGCAUGUGUUUUUAGCGAAAUUACUCUCACUGGUACCGUCCCACUGGACAUCCCUGUACGACUCACGGCUUGAUGGAGCGGGCACGAACCGCUUCCUGCAUCACGUACUCGGCUAUCGUGGCCCGAACUUGCUGCUGUUCCGCUGCGAGGACGAUCUGCUGUUCUGUGUCGCCAAUCCGAACGAGUGGCGUGAAACGCACUUAUACAUCGGCGACGAAGGGGCCUGUUGUUUGCAGUUGCUACCGAAAUUCCAGAUGCUAGAGAAAAAACCGAAAAGUCUCUACCUGAACACGCACAUCCGUGGCUAUCCGAAGGGGCUGCGAGCCGGCUCCGAUCCGCGCAAACCGAUCCUCAUCGUGGACGAACACUUUGAGCGGCUCGAGUACCGCUCGCUGCAGCACAAGAUCCUUUCAAUCGAGGUGUGGGGCUGCGGCAAUCAGCAGCUGCGCGACGUCCAGCUGGACAUCAAGAAGUGGGCCAUCAAGGAAGCGGAACGGCAGCGGACGGUCAAGAUGACGGCCGCCGACUGGAUGGAUCAUCCGGAUCGGUAUCUGCUCGAGCUGGGUGGACGCCAAAACUAUAACAACUCAUCUACGUAAAAGCCCAACCCCAUCAGUGUUUCGAUCGCCUGGGUGUUGUUUGAGUGGGACUUUCGAUUUGGUACAGUCGAAAGUUGUGAGAGAGGAGAACGAAGUAUUAACGAGCUAGUUUAUUCGCGCGCUUCACUUUGUGCUACCAGAAAUUAGUGGUGUGCAUUGUGUAACGAAGCAAGUCCCACCUGGGAACUCGAGGUCCGGGACAGUUACGUGGUCACUAACGGUUGUGCCUAAACAUGUUUGGUUUUGCGGAUGAUUUUGCAGAUGGAUGUAGUACUUACAAUGUUUCCAUAUUUUCGUAUUUUGCAGCGGGGGUCCGCGAUAGCCUAGCGGUAGCGCCGCUUAGAAAAUCGGCCCAAGUGGGCUGGGGCUCACUAUCUUGACGGCGUGGGUUCGGCUCCCAACCGAUAACGGACCCACCCCUGUACGAGAGGACCUGACUAUCCAAGUAUACAAAAGGGAAAACGUCUAGUAAUCUGCCCUUAACGGACAGGCGCAUGACCAAGAAGAAGACGGUGGCCAAGACGAAGAAGCGUUCACUUCAACGUACACGUCUUUUGGAAAGAUGAUUUAAAGCGGUCAGAUUUCAAGCUGUGAGUCUAGGAAGCAAAUAAGGAGUUUGAGAAAAACAAAAUCUAUUGGUACUUAGGUAAAGGUUCCACUACUUUGGCCAUGGCUUAAAUAUUGUUCUAGAUUAAUUUGUGAAACGUAAAACGACAUUUAGUUAUCCCAUUGAUAGAACAGUGUUAAUGAUGUUAUUCAUGAGAUGAUGAAACCCACGUGGCUGGUAAAAAGUCACAUGGGACAUUAUAUUACUUUUUCCGCGAACAGCACACAAACACACACAAGGAGCAGUGUUAUAUCGCGUGUACUUAUUUUAAUUUGUAACAGCAGGUUCCGUUUUGCCAUCCAAUGGUUGCCCCAAGCUAAGCUGAUGUUAUGGAUGGUUUUUUUUUUGUUUUGAAGUGGUUAAAUUAAAAACAUAAUCAGUUUCCCUGCCACUCUGGGGAUCGAUAAUACGCGAGUCGGCGAUUGAUGGCACUAUUUUUAGAUGCAAAAGCAAACCGCUAUUUGUUGUUGUCAGAUGUUGUUAGCAGACGCGCUGGGCGUGAUGUUUUAUGCGCAUCGAACGUAAAUGUUGGUAUCGCGAAGUAGGGAUUGAUUGCAGAUGAUAAAACCAUAUAUUGUGUUGAUAGAAUAUAUGAGUUUUAUAUGACACAGCAUAUUUUGUUUGCGACUAUGUAAAGCUGGAUUUGAAUGCGUUUGGUUGU